AUGGCUGACCCUUUUCGUGAUAACCCAACAAGCGAGUCUUGGGCUGAUAUGGUGGAAGAAGACGAAGCUCUAACAUACCAAGACCAAGUGGAUCAACACGAUCCAGAUGACAACGACAUCUUAGCAACCACACACAAGGUGAUACCAGAGACUAAGGAAACAUCACAAGACGUUGCUAAGGACACGCCUCAGAAUUUAAUUAAAGAAACGCCUCACGAAUCGACCAAAGACAUUGCCAAGGAGACACCCACAGGUGCUCAAGCCAGUCGUUGGGCCACCGCGGGUCCAUCCAAAAGUGCUAUGAGCAGCCGUUGGGCUGCUCUGAAUGUCGAUCGAACUGAACCCCCUCGUGCUUCGAGAUAUGGGCGUUGGCAAGAUCCGUAUAAGCCUACAAGAGGUCGAUUGAAUCGUAGUGCAUUUGAAGAGGAUGCAGAGGAUCAUUCAGGGUAUGAUCGACGUCGUGGUGGAUUCGAUAACAAGGAUAAUUUUAGCAAAGCAAAUCGGUACAGAGAGUAUUAUGAGCUGAAUGGGAAUCAUGGCGUGCCAGAGACGGAAGAAGCAAAGAAAGUAAUUGCUGCUUGGAAUGAAUAUAAGCCUGUAGAUGAUACAGAAUCAAAAGAACAAGAUCCAAGAGAAGAAGAAUAUAAAGAAUAUAAAGAAGCUAAAGUAAAACUGGAGAAGCCUGAAGAAGAAAAUCUACAAGAAAAACCGAAAGAAGAAAAGAAACAAGAUCAAAUAUCAUCCGAUAAGAAAGAAGAGCCUUUAGAGCAAAAAGUAAACAAAACCCUGAUCACUUCUGGGUUUUCCUGGGCUGAUGAUAUGCCCGAUCAAUCUGAUGAUUCAGAUAAUGAAGAAGAAGAUCUUCUUAGACUCUCUGGUAAAUCAUCCGUACCAGCUAAUCAACAAUUUUUCUCCCGUAGUCAACAGACCGGGGAAGAAGAAAAGGGUUUGUUAGUAGCGGUGGACGAAAAGACAGAUAAAGAAUCAUCACCCAUUACGGAUGAGACUAAAGAUGAGGAAGAGCCUACGCGAUUUGUUUCUGACAAAGUAUCUGAUAACGAAGUGAAAGAGACAGAAGUUACUAAGAAAGAGCCAACAAAAACUGCUGAUAAUCAAUGGGAAACUCCUAAAGACGAUAAAGAAUCUACCCCAUCUAUUGAUACUGAAAAAGCCAGUAAGGAAGUCGAUCAGUUAGCAGUGACAGAUGAAAAUGUGGACAAGAAGCCCAUGGAAUCGGUUAGUGCUGAAGAAAAGCUGCCUAAUGAAUCAAACAAUGUUGAAGAAAAGUCUAGUCAUCAAUGGGGCGCUCUUGACGACUACAAAGAACCUACACCAUCUGCUGAAGCUCAAAACAACAAGGAAGAUGUGACAAAGACUGUCAAUAACUCCUCUGUUGCUAAAGAUUCUAAAGAAGGAGCAAAAGAAGCUGUAGCAGAAGCUGCCCAUGAAUCCUUUGCUUCUGAAGAAAAACCUGUUUAUCGAUGGGCUGCUCUUGAUGAUUAUAAGGAACCUGAACCUAAGAAGCCUAAAACAAAACUACCUCCAAAAAUGAGUAGAGAAGAAGAAGAUGCUAAAGUAGCUGCAUGGCAUGCGUUGAAGGUGCCUGCAGACGAAGAAGAUAACGAAGAACCUUCUUCCUCCUGGAAUGAAGAGUCAGAGAAGCCUGUUGAAAGCACGCCAUCUUGGAACGGAAACACUGAACCAACAGCAGCAGCAGCAGCUUCUCAAGGAUCUCAAAGUGUACCUGCUGAACCCAACGAAAACAAACCAGUCUGGGGUCAAUUAAAUGAUGUUCAAUCACCCAAAAAGCAAGUUGUCAAAGACACUUGGAAAAACAAGCUUCAAGUAGUCGACUCAGACAACACAAGUGGAUGGAAAUCAUUUGCCUCAAUGAACGAAGUUGCUCCGUCAAAACUAAAGAAUUCUUCUGUAGUCUCUGAUCAAAAACCAAAGAGUUCUCGGGUAGUAUCCCAUCAAGAGCUAAAGCGCUCUCCCUCAGUUUCGUAUCAAGAGCCAAAGCAGGAGUGGCAGGCACCAUCUGAACCCGAAAAUAAAGCACCUACAUGGGAUUCGGCUGCUGAAGAAACCAAGUCAUGGAGCACCACCAUCAAUCAGAUUGAAAUUACUCAACCUACACCACAACAACGCAAGCCUCAUGAAGUCAGCUUUAGCUUAAAUGACUUCCAAGAAGAACCAAAGCAAGGACCACAGACAAUUUCGUUGAGUUGGAAAGAUUUUACCAUGGAUAAUGGAUCAAGUGAAAAGCCAAUGUCUGUUGCUUCUUUGGAUUCAGGUGAGCAUAGCACAACUCGACAACCUAUCCGCGCCACCAUUGCCUUGUACGAUAAGCCAACAUCCGUACCACUCAAACUCAGUGAUUUUGAUAGCAAUGGUAACUCUGCACCAUCAGCACCACAGAUUUCAUUAAGACUUGAUGACCUUACUCAAAACACCAAGCCUGUAGAGAGUGUACAUUUGAAAUUGAGUGAUUUUGCUCAAACUAGUCAAGGACAAUUAGAAACAAACAAUGACAGUGGCUUGUCACCAUCAAAACAUACAGUAACUAAUAUCAACCAACCUAUUGAAGAACGAAACCCUGAUAAAUGGGGAAGUGUAAGUGAUGAUUACGUCUCUAAACAAGCACAACACUUCUCAACAGAAACAAGUCAUCCACGACGUAAGAUACAAAUGGGAGGCAUGCAAUGGGCCAACCUACAAAAGAAUUUAAUUGCAAACAAGAAAUAA